AUGAUUGCACCCAUAUUCGUAUCUCGAACAGUACACCCCGUAUUGGCUGUUCUUUUCAAAGUAAGUACCUACAGAAAAAUGGAUUUCAUGUCCACGGAUUUUGAUCUCGCUGAAAAUGUAUUUUAUUUCCACAACGCCGAACUUCAAAGUUUGGCAUUUGUGCUUGACUGGGAUACAAAAGAAAAAUUCUACUUUAACCUUUUAAGUAUGUCCUUUGCAGAUGUAUUUGAUAUCCCAAAUGAUCAUUCAAUGGUACUCGCGAAACCAGGACAAACAAAUUAUUUUCAUGAAAAAAUCCCAGCAUUUGAUAUUAGAUACAUUGAAGAUUGUUUUAAAAUCAAAGACUACCCUGAUCCAACCAAAUAUUUAAUUAAAAACACAGGUACUGGAAAUUAUACAAAAGAUGAUAUACUCGAUUGUUGGCUCUAUCAAAAUAAAUCGUGGUCUGAUUUAAUUUCAAUUCCAGAAAAAUCUCCAUCUAAAAAUUCUAUUUCCCAAGUCACAAGUUCUAACAAUGAUUUUGAUGGUACUGUGUUGUCUAACCAAUUACAGAAGGCUUCUCCAUCUAAAAAUUCUAACGAUGAUUUUGAUGGUGCUGUGUUGUUUCGCAGUCCACAGAAAGCUUCUUCAUGCAAACACACAAGAAUUCCUUAUUCAUAUAAAGAAGAGAUGAAUAUUGUUAAUUAUAUCAUUAAGAACAACCAUGCUUUAGAUAUUAAAGGGAGAGCAAUGUGGCAACAAAUGGAACAUGACAACGUAUGCAAACUUCGUACAUGGCAAUCUAUGAAGGAAAGAUAUUUAAAAUCCAUUAAAUAUAGUUUAACUUCAGGAAAUCAUAGGUUUCCACAUAUUGCACCAAAAGAUUUAAAAUUAUUGCGACAAGGUUUAAAUAUUGAACAAAUCGAUAAGGAUGAGAAAGAAGCAAUAAAAUCCCGAUUCAAUGAAGAGCGAAUUGAUAAUUGGUCAUCAGACAGUUCCUAA